AUGGACUCAGAAACCCUAACCGAUGCGAUCUUCCCGAACCACCAAGACGAGACGACCGAGACAGAGUCAAGAGAGUUCGAGAAGAAUCAGAAACGUUACCAAGACCUAAUCGCCACGUUUCCUCACGCCAAAGGCUGGAGACCGAAAGCUCCCUUGAUCCAGUACGGUGGUUCAUGGAUAGUACAGCCUCUCCUUGAAGGUUGGCUUCAUGCACAAGACUUCUUCCAAGCAAGACCUAUUGACUUUUUCGUUUGUAGCUACCCAAAGUCAGGUACCACUUGGCUCAAAGCUCUAACUUUCGCCAUCGUAAAUCGAUCUCGCUUUGACCAUUCCUCACACCCUCUCCUAAAACGUAACCCUCACGACAUUGUUCCUUUCAUUGAGGCCGAGUUCCCUUUAUUCCCUCAAGGUGAUGUUGUCAAGGACAAUGAGAACACUCUGUUCUCAACUCACAUCCCGCAUGGAUUAUUACCCGAAUCCAUUUCCAAAUCGGGUUGUAAGAUGGUUUACAUCUGGAGAGACCCAAAGGACACCUUUGUCUCCAUGUGGAAUUUCUUCCAAAAGGAAAGGUCAGACCAUGGCUCUCUCAAUAGUCUCGAGGAGUCUUUUGAUAUGUUCUGUCAAGGUUUUUCUUUGUACGGUCCUUAUCUAGAUCAUGUCUUGUCGUAUUGGAAAGCUUACCAAGAGAAUCCAAAUCAGAUUAUGUUCCUCAAGUACGAUACGAUCAGAGCUGAUCCUUUGCCGUAUGUGAAGAGGUUGGCUGAGUUUAUGGGUUAUGGAUUCACAGCUGAGGAAGAGAAGAAAGGGAUUGUGGAGGAAGUUGUGAAUCUUUGCAGUUUCGAGACGUUAAAGAAUCUUGAAGCCAACAAAGGAGAGAAUGACAGAGAGGACAUGAAAGGGAAGAAAUGCAGAGAAGACAUUCCUUCUAGGUUUUAUCCGAAAAGCGCAUAUUUCAGAAAGGGAAAGGUCGGAGAUUGGCAAAACUACCUGACUCCGGAGAUGGCAGCUCGUAUCGAUGGAUUGAUGGAAGAGAGAUUCAAGGGCACCGGUUUUUUCGAGCAUGGAAACUGA